AUUCAACUGCCCACUGACCUGCAAACAAGGACUGACUGCAUGAAAUGCUCCUGUAGGCCUCUCAACGGGUCUCUUUAUAUACUUGCUCAGUAUGCAAACCCCCCGUUUAGUUUGUAUUGUACUGACCAACGGUCGUUCCUCCUCCUGUGUUUGUUAUGUUUUAAACUAUCAGGCCUGAUGAGUGCCAUUUAUCAAGUCUAUCAAGUGUUCAGAAUCGCUUGGUAACGCAGCACCGCUACUCUAAGGCCGAUUUAACCUCACCUCCAGCUCUCCCGGGCCCCGCUUUGUUCAGUCACAAUGGCGCGUUACCCAGCGACCGUUAAAACCGGCUGUGUGCAGCGCGAGGGGCUGGACCCUCACCCUCACUAAAGUGUCACAGAUGCUAAACUGUUGUCAAACUGUCUUUGAGCCCCAAACGGACUGGUAUAAUAUAUAAAGAAUGUCGUUAUUGGAUCACAAAAUUUGACACUGGAUCUAGGCGAAGGAAUUCUUUUCUGCAGGUUUUCAUGAGGAAAGAUAACAGAGCAGAAAUUAUAAUGAACAGUUUUGACCUCAGUCCUACACUUUUUACACUACUACGUUUUGGAUAAGAGUUUGAUCACACGGGCUUCUCAAAGGCAUACUGGAUUUUCAGCAUCUUAAACAAUGGCAGGAUUGUUCUCCUGAUAGGAAUACUGUCCUAUUGGAUGUGGCAUUCAAAUGUUUACAUGAAAAGACACUCUGAAGAAUUUUCCACAAGAAAGGAACAAAAAAAGUAUUCUGUUUUUGUCCAAUUGCCAAGCCUGUCUCUCUGUUGUUCAGGAGGACGCGGUGGGUCCGACAUGUCUGCCAAAGCCCCCAUAUACCUUAAACGACGAAGCCGCAAAGGAAAGAAGGAAAAGUUACGUGACCUUCUCUCGUCGGACAUGAUCAGCCCUCCACUGGGAGACUUCAGACACACCAUCCACAUCGGCAGUGGCGGGGGCGCAGAUGAUCUUUUCGGUGACCUAUCUUUCCUACAAGGUAAAUUUCACCUGUUACCAGGUCAAGAAGGUCACCAGGGGUCAUUCCAACUAAGUCGCACAGCGAGUGUAAGCAGUCACCCGCCGGCCUGCGAGAGCUCGCCGCUUUUGAAAAAUGCCUUGUCACUUCCUAUCAUUGGAGGGGUGCAGGCACUCACCCUUCCGGCCCCCACGGCCACAGCUCCUCUGACUUCAGCAGCGACGGCGGUCACUGAGGUCCCAACAGCACUGUCAACGACCCAACUACCCCCAGCAUCUCCAUCUCUCGCUCCACCUCCCAAACCUCCCAGACUGCACCUGGAAGAGAGGAGCGUGUCACGGCAUAUGUCACUGCCUGCAUCCUCAAGCCGCUCACCACUUCAUUUGCACACACACAAACAAAGUCCAGAUCCUGAGGAAAAUGAGAAGUGUGUGAAGGACGGAGAUGAGGAGGAGAAGCCGUAUCUGUCCAACGCUGGCUCUAUGCUUUCCCUUCAUCUGGACUUGGGGCCAUCGAUCCUAGAGGAUGUGCUUCAGAUCAUGGACAGCCAGAGAACAGGGACAUUCAGUGGGCGACUUACACCCAGUGGACGACAAGAGAUAUACACCUGAAAGUGAACAAGAGAUCCGAGUCAAAGCUUGAUGGUACAUAAAUGGACUAAUCACGUUUUUCUUCACAUAUUAAAACAGUUUGCCUUCAGAGAAAACUCAUUUAUCUGUUGUACAGUUGCAUUUGCUUGGGAAUUUUGACAUUUUUGGCUCAUCAUACAUAUAAUCUUUGGAAAAAACGUUGGAAGCGGGGCCAGUUCAAGCUGAAUGUUCUAUCGUUGCAUUUUUCUGGGUUCAAAUGGAAUUUAUUUCUCUUCAUUUUGGACAACCAUUACAAGAGUACACCAAUUCUGGCUACUCUUAGAUACAUUUUGAAACAUCUGAAAGCAUUUAAGCAAGCACGUGUAAAACUACCUGCAUUGUGCAUGUACCAUUACAGAGCAACACUACAGGAAAAGAAAAACUGACAUUUUUCUCUUUCAAAGCAGCAAUGACAUCAUCUCCCCCUCUGUGUUGUUGCAAUUUGUGUAAUCGGGUAAAAAUGCGCAGCUCCUCCCUAAUGAUCUGGACACACACACAUGCCAGGAGGCCUCUGCAUCUACACCCUUUCUCUUUUUGUUGGGAGUAGUUUCCAUUGUUCCGAAACAGAAACCCAAAGGCUGUUUUUUCACGGACCAGAAUAUAGAAUGUUUUCCUGUCAUAAAAUACCCUUUUUUUCACUGUUUGGUUAUUGUUGCAGUGUCUACAAUCCCCCAGGCUUUGACAGAUGAUCACUUUUCUUUGGCAGCAGUUUUUUUGAGUGGUGGGCCUUAAGGAAGGUUUUGUGUUAUCUUGGUAUCCCCCAUGUAACUUACCCCGCAUGGGUUAAUAAUGCUCUGUGCUUCCUGUUCACAGGUUAAGACAUAUUAGUAUUAAUAUUAUUUUGUUAUAUUAUAAUUUCUAAUAAAUAACUUUUAUUUAUUAAUUAACAUUUUUUAUUAAUUUACCACAAAGUGUAUCAAGCCGUUAAAAAGGCGGCAAACAUUAGCAGAAAUAGUCAUACUGCAAUAAACUUUAUAUGACACUACCUUUGCACUGUAACAGCAAUAACAAAAUCUACUGUAUUGAUUUACACUCAUCAGUUCUCAUAUUUAAAAAAAUAUCUACAUUUGGGAUUUGAAGCAUUCUCAUUUUUUCCUCUUCUCAAAAACUCUGUACCAAGUAGCAAGUGCUAGAUUCUUGGUUCCUUAUUUAUUUUUCUUUGUUCUUACAAGUGAAUUGUCUUACAGUUUCAUCCUUACAUUGUGAAUUUCAUUUUAAAGCUGAAUCUAUAUCCAAAAUCACAGUUCUGUGCACUUCAUUUCAUUUUUGAUAUACAUCUGAUCAUAUCGUAUGGUAUACCUUUGCAUUUGGCUAUGUACUUAUUUUUGUACAAAAUAACAACUCAUUUCAUUACACUAAAUAUGAUCAUUCUGAACAGGGAUGUAAAUGUUAGACAUAGAAUAAAUAAAUGUUAUCACUAA